AUGCAGAUUAAGGUGGCCUUGCUAAGCGGCAAAGUAGCCACUCUGCAGCUGCCGGCAGAGUCACAGAUCCUCGAGCUGAGUUCGAAAGCGCAGGAGCAGCUUCACGUUACUAUCAAGGACCUGGUGACAGCCCAAGGCCAGCUCCUUGACAGGUUCCAGACGUUGGAUGAGGCGGGGCUGGAGGAUGGAGACACCGUCUCUGCCACUGUUCGCAGGGCAACCCUGGUCUCGAAGAUGGGCGCUGCUGCCUUUGCUCUGUUGAGAGAUGAUGGUUCGGUUGUGACCUGGGGUGAUCCCUCGUCAGGCGGUCGUAGCACGGCUGUGAAGGAGCAAUUGCAGGACAUUCAUGAUGUUGUGGCCUCCGAUGGGGCAUUUGCUGCCGUCCGGACAGAUGGCAGGGUAGUAACCUGGGGGGAUCCAGACUUUGGUGGUGACAGUAAGGAUGUCCAACAGCAUCUGACAAGAGUAGUUAAAGUUGUGGCUUCGACAUAUGCCUUUGCGGCAAUUCGUUCUGAUGGGAGUGUGGUGACUUGGGGGGUGAGUUACCCAGGCGGAGACAGUCGUGCCGUUCAGGCACAACUGAGACACGUACGGCACAUCGUGGCUUCAAGUUAUUCCUUUGCAGCAGUCCGGGCUGACGGAACGGUGGUGACCUGGGGAUCUAAAGCACCCGACAUAAAGUGCGAAGAUCGACAAGCUCAGCUGCAAGAUGUUCAAGACAUCGUGGCGUCACACAACGCGUUUGCUGCACUCCGGUCCGAUGGGAAGGUGGUCAUUUGGGGUGACUAUCGCUUUGGCGCCCACGACGAUAUGCAGAACGCGCUCACGGGCGUAACCCAGAUAGCUGCCUCUCAGAGGGCUUUUGCUGCGACACGCGUAGAUGGCAGUGUCAUCACUUGGGGAGUCGCUGAGUAUGGAGGAGACAGCAGCUCGGUGCAGGAACAGCUGAAGGAUGUGAAGAAGGUCGUUGGCUCACAAUAUGCUUUCGCUGCCAUCUUGGGAGAUGGGAAAGUCGUAACCUGGGGCCAACCUGGCUCUGGUGGAGACAGCACAUCAGUUCAACCUCAGCUGCGGGAGGUGCUACAUGUCACGGCUGCACGCAAGGCCUUUGCCGCGCUGCGUGCUGAUGGUUCGGUCGUAUCUUGGGGGCACUGGGAAUCUGGUGGGCUCCAGGAAGAUUCGUUAACCGACGUGGUGGAAAUUGCAGCUUCAAGCAACGCAUUUGCCGCUCUGCGUGUUGACGGCACAGUGGUCACCUGGGGCUCUGCAAGCUUCGGCGGUGACAGCAGCGCUGUGCAGGACGAGUUCAAUGAGCUUAAUGCCCCAAAGGUCCGCCGGGCUUACACAUUCAAGCGGAAGUUCUCCGAUAUGUAG